AACCUCAAUGGUCUCGUCCAUACGGCAUCACGUGCAUGUGACCACCUGGUGAACUUUGACCCACAGGUGGUCGGCAAACUUCAGGCAGGAGUUUAGAAAGUAAGUUUCCGUGUCUGACAAAAAACUCUGGCGUGACCAGAGCUGGCGGGUUUUCCUGCUUCUACUGGACAGGACAGGCUUUCGUGGUGGUUACGUCACAGCGGCGGGAUGAAAGGCCGCAGGUGAGACGGCUUCUCACCUGUCGGAACGCCCGGGGAGCCGAGUAGGUGAGUUACCUGUGAGCUUUUACCAACCCACAUCUGUCAAGCCGGACGACCAGGGGGUCAGAUAUACACCAGUGAACGGCUGCCGUGACCUUAGUCUUCAGGUUGACCUUGAGACCCAUGUCCGGUGAAAGAUGCCGGUUCUGUGCUGCUGUUUUGGCGGAGACACGGAGGGAGAGGGGAGGGGGUCCGCGGACGAGAAAACGUCCCUGCUCCGGCGCAAAGUCGUGGAACCUCCCUUGUCACGUGGGGGCACCGGAAGUGACGCACACGUGACGUCAGUGAGAUUCAGCAAGCGGGUCCGUAAGAAGGGGACAGAAUCUCCGACUCACGAUCACGAAGAAAAAGUCCGGAUCUUCAGAGUGCAGGUGGCGCACUUGGACGAGAUGUACAGCGACGCCUCGCAGCUGCUGUCGGAACUGCAACAGGAGCACCAGAAGUUGAUAAAAGGACUGAGGAGAUUCAAGGCGCUGUUUGGCUGCGACGAGGCCAAGAGUCUGUCGGCUUGUCUGGAGGAAAUCAACAGCAGACAAAACGGCACGACGUAUCACGUGAUGUUCUCCAGCGCGCACUCCUUCUCCCUCUGUCCCGAGGGUGACGUCACCGCGCCCGAGGUCCAACAGGCCGUGGCCGAGGUCGCCAGCCUCAACACCGCGCUGAGGGAAAUCAUCAGUCGCGCCCCGAGACUUCAGCUCAGCCUACAAAGGAUUGUGGGAGAGCAGGCGUCUGACCGGGAGCGGGUGGAGCGGGAGCACACUGCCUGGGCGGACCGGCAGAGGGCGCUGCUCAACUUCGACAAGAACCUGGGCGUGUUCGAGAAGGGCCUGAGCGGGGUGGGGGAGAUCUACGGGCAGGCGGAGGGCGUGCUGAAGGACGUCAAGGUCGCGGUGGACAGCUGAGGGCACGUGAAGGGCACGUGGUCUUCACGUGAUCUGAUAAUGCCGAUUCCUUAAAGGCAACCUAAGCAAUAUUACAGCGUCGAAGUGGAAAUAUUCUGAAUAAGGCAAUCUGCAUGAUAU